AUGCCCGUGCUGUACCACCUCAGCCUGCAGAAGCCCACGGCCGCCGUGGGCGCCGUCCACGGCAGCUUCAGCGCCCCCAGAGUUCAAGAAGUUGUGGUGAAUAGGGGGCGGCUGUUGGAGCUGCUGCGGCCGGACGAGGAGGGGAAGCUGCACUCCAUCUGCAGCACAGAUGUCUUCGGCAUCAUCCGCAGCAUCGCCACCUUCCGCCUCACCGGAGCUCUGACGGACUACAUCGUCUUGGGCAGCGACUCGGGCCGUUUGGUGAUCGUCGAGUUCGACGCCAAGAACAACCUCUUCAAGCGCGUCCACUGCGAGACUUUCGGCAAAACAGGUCCAAAAUUAAUUCAAAUUAAUUCAAAUUAG